AUGGCCUAUCCCAACAAUGGCAGGGAGAUAACGAUAAGAAAACUUCGAGACAUUGUCGAUAACGUUAUCCAAGCCACCGAAGAGUGUCUUCCCGAUGUCGAUGCGUGGAACAAUGUCAUUAUCGAGGUUGUGACUACGUCGCAGCAGCAGUUUUUCAAGCGACAGGACGGUGCCAGCCGUACAAAAAGGUGCUCGACGUCCUCUUCCUCAUCCUCCUCGUCCACUGAAACGACCACCACGACCGCCACCGAGACACCAACCUCGUAUGACCCUGUGGAAACCCCGAUGCCAACCAGUCUUCCUGGAGGAAAGCCGUGCCUUCCGCCGCUGUGCUUCCCGGAACUGUGCGUGCCUCCAGUGUGCACACCGCUGGCAGGCGGCUUCAUCCCGCUGGUCUUCUGCUUGGCCUUCCCUUCAAAAUGCACGCCAGAUGCUGGUGGCAUUUAUGGAAUCCCCAUAGGCUUCGACACGGACAGCUCGACUACCACCGCCACACCUAUCGAAACGGGAGCAGACACGACUACGGACGACUCGUCCCCCGUCCAGACGCCGACAAUUGCCACGGAGACCGAUUCAGAGUCGACACCGACCCCCACUCCGACAGAGUUCACCACUGAUUCUGACGGCGCCAUUAUUCCUAUUAUCCCGACCCCUGACAGGGACACUACGACGCCGACAACCACGACCGAUGAAGACCAGACGGCCACCACCACUGCCUCUGACGACUCGACGAUCACCGAUUCAGAGUCGACACCGACCCCUACGCCUACAGAGUUCACUACCAACUCGGACGGAGGUAUCAUUCCAAUUAUCCCUACCAAUGGGGACACGGACACUGUGACGCCGACACCGACUACUGAUGAAGACCAGACGGCCACUACUGCGUCCGACGACUCGACGACCGCCACUGACGACUCCACCAUUACCGAUGGCGCGGAGGAGACCGCGACAACCACCAACACUAACGGUCAAGAGACAGACACAGAGACUGGCACCGACUCGACGAUCACCGACGGACCAGCGGAGACUGGCACCACUGAUGGACCGGUGGAGACUGGCACGACAGAUGGACCAGUGGAGACUGGCACCACAGACGGACCAGUGGAGACUGGCACCACAGACGGACCAAUGAAGACGGGUACGGGCACACCCGAUGGACCAGACGAGACGGCCACGACCACAGGCACGGGCUUGCCUGAGACGAAUACCGACGAGGGCGGAGGCCGCACUCUGACGGAUGGAAUGGGAGGGGGUAUCAAAACCGGCACUGGUGGUCCAGUCGAGACGCCUGCAACGACAGCAGACCUCCCUGAGACUGCGACCGACAGCGAUGGAGGCAAGACGUUCACCGAUGGAGUGGAAGGAGGUAUCAAGACCACCGACGGAGUGGGAGGAGGCGACAAGACGGUCAUCGAUGGGGUGGGAGGCGGUAUUAUCACCGCAACGGAUACGAGCUCGAAGCCCGUCGAGACCGGCCCUACCCCAACCGACAAUGUGCUCGGCGUCAACACAACUGCGUCGCUCAACUCGACCAUCAUAACCUCGAUCACCCUUGGCCCGAUGGUAUCCCAUGCCCCAGACGGACAAAAGGGAGGUAAUGGCGGCGGAGACGGAGGCAAGGGUGGCGAGGGCGUGAAUGGCGGUGCGGGUGGAGAUGGAGGCGCUGGUGUCGGCGGGGGUAAAGGUGGUGACGGUGGCGCUCAGGGCAAGGGCGCUGGCGGCGGCAAGGGUGGUGCUGGUGGCAAGGGUGGAGCGAGCGGCCGCCGCCGGUUGGCCGGUGGGCGCCGCAGUCGUCUUCGACGACUGGGUGCAGCACUCGGGCUUUUGUAG